CACCUUUGUUCCGUAGAUUUUAUUCUGCGGGUGGAAGAAAAAGUCAGUUCAAAACCCUCGAGGGGCUCUACAAUUUCGCGAUGGGGCUGUUGCUGGAAAUCGCCUGUUUUAACGAAGAGUCUGCAGUCAACGCUGCUCAAGGGGGUGCUGAUCGAAUCGAGCUAUGCCAAGACUACCAGUCUGGCGGACUCUCACCUCAUCCUUCAGUCCUACAAGCGGUGAAAUCUCGAGUGUCCAUCCCAGUAUACGUGAUGAUUCGUCCACACUCCAGAGACUUCUGUUAUGACAAGGAUGAGUUCGAAACGAUGAAAGCCACACUACAACUUAUGAACAAUUCCGGAGCCGAUGGGUUUGUCUUUGGUAUCCUCCACGAGACGCCAUAUCAGGGAGGUACCGAUCGGAAUUUAUGGGUUGAUAUUGCCAGGAAUAAGAAACUCGUCCAGGUGGCGGGUGGCAAGCCUUGUACUUUUCACCGGGCAUUUGAUUGUAUUCCCGAGUCUAACUGGGAUACUGCUCUGGAGGACAUAAGGGAAUGUGGUUUUGCUGCGGUUCUCACCAGUGGCGGCCCUUCCAGCACAAAUGCCGUUGACUGCAUGGAUGGAUUAGCUGACCUGGUGAAUCGCCAGUCAUUCAAUCCCGAAUCCCAUCCUCAGGCGGGCCGCCGAGCUCUGGAGGUGAUUGUUGGUGGAGGUGUGAGGUCGACCAACAUUGGCGUUCUGAGGGAGAAAACACUUGCAACCAAUUUUCAUUCGAGUGGGCUUUCCUCCUCAAGCGAGAUUGCUUCUAUAACGGCCGUUCAAGAUUUGAAGCGUGCUCUUUUCUACCACCUUUAA